AUGCCUCUGGAUGGAAGCUAUGUCGCCGUUGGUUCGAACAUCUUCGUGAUGGGUGGGUUUCGCGACUGGAAGAUCACAUCGAGCGUUUCGCUCAUCGAUUGUCGAUCCCACACGGCCCAGCCUCUCGCCGACAUGCCCAAGGCGGUCGCUGGUUCGGUCACGCAAGUGAUAGAUGGCAAGAUUUAUGUGAUCGGAGGAUCAGAUACCCUGUCGCCGAUGAAAUCGCCGUCAAGAAGCAUGAUGGUGUUUGACACACGGAGUGAGAAUUGGGAGCUCAAGAUGAGGCCAGAUUGGGAGCAAGGGAAGAAAUGGUUCAGCAGUGUGGAGAUGGGAGGCAAGAUCUACAUGAGGACUUGCUACAACAGCUUCGUUUACGAUCCGGGUGAGGAUAAUUGCGAGAGAGACGAGGUGUUGCACAGACAGGAGUGGUCGAGUUCGUGUGUGAUAGAGGACGUGUUGUAUUACUACGAUGUUCGUGGGAAAUGCUUGAGGGCUUAUGAUCCGAAGCAGAGAUCUUGGGGGGUGGUUAAAGGUUUGGAAGGGUUAUUGCCUGACGGUUGUUCGUGGUCGAAAUCGGCGAGCUACAACGGCGGGAAACUGGCUCUGUUCUUGCAGAGUAAAGAGAUUUGGUGUGCGGAGAUUGCAGUGGAAAGACGCCAUGAAGGAGAGAUUUGGGGCCAAGUUGAGUGGUGUGGCGUUGUUCUUGGUGGGAAUUUUCACAUUAUGGAUUGUGUACCUGUAGCUGUUAUGCUCUGA